CUCGUCGCUAUGGUGGCGGGGACCUUCGAUGCGGGCGGCGCGCACGAUGGCGACCGCCGGCCGGGGAGCUCCGGUUCCCACGGGCGAACCGUGGGAGUUGUUUUGGGGCGGGUUGAGAAGGGAGGUACCAGGGUGGGGAGAGUUCUCGGCCCCGGGGCUCCACACGUGUUUGGCAGGGCGGCUCGGGACCCAAAGCGCUGGAAAUUUCCUGCUCUCCGCGCCCUCUUCUCUCCCCAGCCCACGGUCCCCCGCCUGCGUUAGGCAGAGCAGUUGCCGUCCCUGGGGCUCUGCGUGGUCAGGCCGCGUGGUUCUCCCAUCUCGGGUGAUUGGGCAAAGCGAGUCCUUGGUGUGAGUUUGACAUUGCCCACCCAAACUGCCGCAAGAGCGCCGGGCUGUUUUGGGGAGUUGGGGGUGUUCUGAAGACGCGGCUGGAGCCUUGCUCUGAGGGACUGGGAGAGGCCCAGCAGCACGGAGCCAGCCUGGCCGGUGCAGAGGGCCACCGAGCAGGAGACAAAACCUGUUCUGGAGAGGUGCCACUGGCCGCAACAGCAAAUGAGGAAAUCUUCCUCUCCCGUCAGCUCAGAGGUAGCAGUGGGUGUGAUCAGCGGCGUUUGAUCCCCCUGUAGCGUGGAGGUGGAGAUGGGAACAGCCUGUACACGGGCUGGCUGGAGCAGGGGAGGGCUGGGGCGCUGCAGUGGUCAGUGGGACGUGGGACAGGCCUGGUCAGUGCAGAUCAGAUGCUCUGGCACCUCUGUUUGGAGGCACGAGGCAUCUCAGGGGCUGGAGGCCCAGCUGGUGUCAGGAGAGGCUGCGCUCACCGGUGCCUCUGAAGUUGAGAAUCCCUCUCUGAUUCCCUUGCGGCUCAGGUGCCAUUUCCCAAACCUGCCUCUGCCUUUAGUGUGCCUUGAGAAAGCCCAGCUCAGACCUGCUUCGUUUUCUAGUGAGGGGAUUUGUCUUUCUCCCCAGGCUGCAGAACCCAGGAGCAGGUUACCAGGUGUGUACAGUUGGGUGUUUUCCUUUCAAGGACCGCUGGGGCUUUGGUCCUGUGUAAAUGCAUGGGGCAGAGGGUGGGGGACACUGGGAUCAGGUGGCAGUGCUGGCUGCUGGAAUGUUUCAGGAUCCUUGGCUGCAAGCUGCAGCUGAGUGCAUUCUGAAAUUCCUGAACCACAGAUGCUCACCUGCCUCUCCCAUCAAGUGGCUUUGUUUUUUGGGGUCCUAUAUUUCUUUCUUGUUUUCUUUCACAAAUCCAGGGAAAAUCAUAUGCAUUUUUUUUUCAGUUCCUCCCCUCACCUAAUCCCCUAGCUGCUUGUUUGGAGGCCUCUUGCAGCCCCUGAUAUUGAAGCAGUCUUUUUGGGGUUACCCAGGGAUCCUGAGAGACUGCGGGGUGAGAGCUCACAGAUUCAGUGCUGCUUGUGGCCAGGGCCUAAGGGAAUGGCAAGCAGCUGGCUCGCUGCAGAGAGAGAUCUCAUUUCUGGCUAAGUGAACCCAUUUCUGGCUCUUACUCGCAAAUCAAGCCCAGGCAGUUCUCUCUAGACUGCCUGCACGUGCUUGGUGAGUGCACCUGUGUCAACACCUUUAAUUUUUAUUUUUUUUGGACUCCACUGAUGAUGUGCUUGAUGACCUUCUGGGAUCCCAUGGCAAAAUGAACCUUCUUUUCAGCUGCAAGGGUAGCACCUUCACUACUCCCCUUCUGCAGGAGGUGCCGCCGUAUCAGCCAUUGACCCUCUCCAGGCGAGUGAAGCGGGGUGGACAGGAGAGCACAGCAUUUCCCAGAGUCAGAGGCUGUGGAACCUGAGCUUGGGGAGGCAAAGUGGAGUUCAUCUCAUAUUAAAAGCCUCUGUGGCCUAUGGGGAGACAGCAGAUCUCCCUCUGGAGAGCCUAGGUCAGGAAUAUGCCACAGCCCAGCCUUCCUGGGUGCACUUCAGGUAAGGUGGUGUAGGAAGGACCUUCACCCAAAGCUUUGAGUUUUCCCACUGCUUCUCCCAGAUGCAGCAGGAUGUCAGAAAAGGCACCAAAGCACAGAGGAUUUCCAGUGAAGAAGACACUGGGAGGAGCUGGACAUGUGUUCUUCCACUCCAUAAAAUGAGGAAAACCAGGGGCCAGAGUGAGAGCUGAGGAGCUUCUGAAGUCUGCUAAUCUCUGCUGACUGCCCUCCCUGGCAUGCAGGGAUCCAGUGGCUCUGGCACAGACCCCAAAGCUGUGCUGCAGAUGAUGAAGGUGAAUGUCCUGGUUCUGGCCAGGAUGGGGCAUGGCCAGGACCUGGAGGUUAUUCUGUACCACCUCACAUCCCUUUCCAGGGACAGGGGAAGAAGUCCCCUCUGGGUCACAUGCUGGUGGCCUGGUCAGGUAUUGCCAGGCUCUAGGGGCUGGAUGGUUGCAUGUGAAUUGUUCCACUCCCUUGUACACUCCAUUAUUAAUAUUGGUGCUGAUACUGUUCAUUUUCUUAUUUAAUUGCUGUUUCCAGUGUAUUGUUCUUGUCUCAACCCAUGAUCUUUACCUUUUGUGCCUCUAAUUCUCCUCUCAAGGUCACUGCAGAAGGGAGGGGAAGGGGAGAGGGGAGUGAGCAGCAUGUGGUUUGCAGUGUUCCGGUGGGAACGCUGGAUUGGGGAAUACCAUUCCUAAAUCACAGCAGUGAGUGCAUGAACAUUCCCCAUCUCGGCCCCUCGUGCUCUGCAGCCACGACCUCCAGCACCAGCCUCCAAAAUGAGAGGCAGUGCUGAGGCAUUUGCAGUACUCACCCUGCUCCAAACAUGGAAGAUGUAUAAAGAGGCUCACAAGGGCUUCCCUAUGGCAUUGAAACUGCUGUCAGCUUCUCACACACACUGACACAGUCAGCAAUUUCUGUUGCAACACUCAGAGUUUCCCAGGUUUGUUCCACUGGCUAAGGCUCAUUUGCCUUAACACAUCCCCCCAAGUUGUUGGCAUGUGGCAUUGUCCUUCCUGUCCUCUUCCUAGCCUUGAUGUGCCAGUUUUCACCAUCCUGUGGUGGCUCUGAGCACCCUCUCUGACCAAACACUCCCUUUGGAGAGACCCUCUCCCUUUGUGCCAGAUUUGUCUGCCCAGGGCAUUGUUUUGCAGGUGCCAGGCACGGGACUCCCUUGCCUUGCCUUGAAGGGAUCUUCAAGGUCCCUUCCAACCCAAACCAUUCUGUGGUUCUCUGAGGCUGUGGCCUUUCCCUGCCCUCUGAGGGCACCGUGCCCAGAACCUGGAACCAGCCACUCUGUGACAUCAGCCCCGUGGCCAUGGGUGCCAUGGGCCCUGCAGCUGCUGCAGGCACUUGGGUCACUGGCUGCACUGGAAGAGACAAGCUUUUGUUUCUUGAAGCUGACACACGCCACGGGCAGUGAUGAAUCUGCUGUACCUCUUCAUCCUGCUGGCUGUGUACAGGCCUGCACACGGCACCUGGGACACCUGCAGAGGCACCUGCGGGCUCCGGCCCAUGGCUUCUGACUAUGACUCCAUAGCUUCUGACUACAGCAUGCCACACGUCGUGGGUGCCACAGGUGCCCAGCCAGGGGCCUGGCCCUGGAUUGUCAGCAUCCAGGAUCCCAGGAAAAUAGGCACCGGGCAUACGUGCGGAGGGUCCCUCAUCAGCCCACGGUGGGUCCUUACAGCAGCCCACUGCUUCAUCCGGGUCAGGAAUGUCACCAUGUGGCGAGUGCUGAUCGGGGCCACCCGGCUGACUCACCUGGGCCCCGGCGCGCAGGUGCGCCACGUGAAGCGGCUCCUGACUCACCAACACUACGCUGCUGCUUCACAGCAGAACGACAUCGCCCUGCUGGAAUUGGACCAGCCCGCGGAGUGCAGUGAAUACGUCCAGCUUGCCUGUGUGCCCAAUGCCUCGCUUACUGUGUCAGAGCUGAAAACCUGCUACAUUGCUGGCUGGGGUUCUGCCAGUGCAAAAGCUCAGGGACCAAGUGAUGUCCUGCAGGAAGCCAAGGUCCGUCUCCUUGAUAUCCAGCUCGUUAACAGCAGCCAGUGGUACGCUGGGACCAUCCACACCCACAACCUGUGUGCUGGCUACCCACGGGGUGGCAUCGACACCUGCCAGGGUGACAGUGGAGGGCCUCUGGUGUGCAAAGAUAACAGGGCCAGCUACUUCUGGCUUGUUGGAGUGACCAGCUGGGGAAAAGGUUGUGCCAGAGCAAAACGGCCUGGAGUCUACACCUCCACUCAGCACUUCUACGACUGGAUCCUGGUCCAGACGGGCCUGUGCCCAUCUGUAACAGCCACUCCAGCACCAGAACCAGGCUUCAUCUCAGCCCCCUUCGAACAGCCAGGGCCAACACCAACAGAAUUGGGCUGCUCUACGCCCACCCCACAUCCACAGCCAGUUGUAACAACCACUCCAAUGCCAAAGCCAACCUUCACCUCAAGCCCCUCUGAGCAUCCAGGGCCAACACCAACAGAAUUGGGCUGCUCUACGCCCGCUCCACAUCAGCACCCAACUGUAACAGCCAUGCCAAUGCCAGAGGCAGCCUUCACCUCAACCCCCUUUGAGCAGCCAAGGCCAAUGCCAACGCAACCUCUCCAGCUUCCAUCCGCUCCACAUCCAUACCAGGUACUGGUGCACUUCUUAACACGGGUGCACGAGAUGCUGCAGGACCUAAUGGGAAAAAAGACGUGAGCAGCAGGAUGAACAGGAUCCAGUGCAGGCUGCAGUGCACCGUGACCAUUUCUUACUGGGGCAGUGCCUGCUGAUCCAAAGACAGCCUCAGGGUCAAAGGCAUCCUCUGUCCUGCCCAUCUUCCUCCUCUGCAUGCACACAAAUGCUGAAGUUGAUUUAGCUGUGGAAAUAAAGUUGCCUAUUGUCACUGUUAGCAUGUCCUGUGCAAGGCAAGGAGUCCCUGGCCGGGCACCAGCAAAACGAAGCUGUGAUGGGAGAAGGGAACACAGGUCACAGGGGCUACAGCUCUUGAGGACAGCAGCUGGGAACAGUUUUAGGCUGCCCAUCAGUGGGAUCCCUGGGUGUGGGACUUGAAACUGAACUCUCUCAUGACUCAGGGGACAUGGUUUUAGAAAGACUCAAGGUCUGCACCAAGGACUGUGCAAGGAGCUUGAUAUCCAGUGGGGAGAGAAGAAUCAGGGAGAAUUGGACUGCGGGAAAAAUGGGAAACCAACAGCACCUUCUCCUCCCACAGCGCCCCGCUGGGAGCCAGAAAAGUGCAAGAAGAGAAGCCACAAGAAUCACAUUCAGUAGACACACAAAAUGAUUAGAAGCUAGAAAUUACAAAGAAGACCAGAAAGUUGACACCAGGAAAGAUGAGAAAGUAGAAUACAAAGCAGGCACUAAGAAGAUGAAUAGAAAGUAAAAUAGAAAAUAUGUAUUAGGUGAAUAUCAAGAUAUAUUCACACACAGGUACCACAGCCCUGCACUCCCUUCAGUUUAUUCUCUAUUGUCUUGGAGGUGUCAGCUGGUUUAGUCUCAAGGGUCUUAGAGGACUAGCUGGCUUUUAUAUUUUUUACAAUGCAGUUUGCUUUUUAACCCCUUUUUAUGCUGCUUUGGGUUGUAACCUCCCUUUUUUGGAGGGGCCCUGUAUGACCCACCUGCUCCCCCCCACCCACUCCUCCUCCACAUCAUCGCUGUCCCAGUGACACUGGGGUGCUCCCAGUGACACCCUCACCCUCCCAGGCUCCCCCAUUUUUACUCACCUCCAAAAAAAGGCAAAAAAUGACUUAAAACUGCCCUGGGCAGCACCUUGCUGAUCUAAUAAUCUAAUCUAAUUAAUGUCAUUUACACCUGUACAUGCCCCACCCCCACAAAGGGAGGGAAGCCCCCAAACAGGGGAAGCCCCCCCAGUUCCUGUCCCACAGCAGAGGGGGAGUGUGCCCAAGGAUGGUGCCUCAUCUCCUGGAGCUGCUUUGCUGUCAACAUACACAUGCACAUUCAAGUAAAGAAUGCUUGAGACCCAA